AUGAAGUUAUCCAACUUCCUCAUUCCUCUUGUGGCGAUUGCCCCAACCGUCCUUGCAUCUCGCCGCAUUAGUCGGGGCCCUGACGUUUCUCUCCAGUUGCGCAUAAACUCGCCUGCCACUGACUAUCCCGCAUACGACGAUAGCCGCAUCCAACACUUUCACGACAAGGUACUGUUGGCGCGCAUGAAGGAAUACUUUAUCUCUUUCGUGGCUGGCAACUUCACUGGAAUGUACGAUUUGCAGGCUGACGACUUUCACAUCACUGAUAUCCCUCUUGCGAUCGUCAGGGCAGAUAGAAAUCAAUGGCUCGGAGCGAACAGUGGGUUUAGUUCUCUCAUGACAGAUGUCAAAGUCCAAGCCAUUUCCAUCGAUGGCGGCUCCGGACCCUGCGAAUUCGGCAUUAUGGAGAAUGUGGUGUGGUUUACGCUUGCGGUUGACCCCCCGGAGGAGGCUAAGCCGGGACUUCCCCCGGGAAUCAAGAAGGGUGAUACGGCGGGUAUGAUCAUGCUGUCUACGAUUUGGUGGAAUGAGGAAGGAAAGGUCAAGCGCGAACUCGAGUACGGAAAGCUGUUGUGGCCGGGCUUUGAUAUCGAUGCCUUCAAGACUUGGUAA